GUAUAAUUUGCCAUCGAUCCCAAAACCUCAAGACCACCAAUCACCAUGGAGUUUUAUUCUCAUAUCCAAACAAUUGUAGGCCUUCUAACUUUGCUAGUAAUCUGUAGAGUCUUGAGAAUUGCAUCUCAUGCCAAGAAGAGUCGCGCCAAGCUCAUCGGAAUCCCUGAACCACCCGGCGCACUACCCUUGAUAGGCCACCUCCAUCUUCUCGGAGGCCAAGACCCAGUCCCCCGAAUUCUUGGGGCCCUGGCCGACAAAUACGGCUCGCUCUUCUCACUCAAUGUCGGCCUUCAUCGGCUCUUGGUGGUGAGCAGCAAGGAGAUGGUCAAGGAAUUCUUGGCCACCAACGACAGAAUUUUUGCCACGAGGGUAAGCAUAGCAGCUGGCAAAUACCUUGGUUACAACAAUGCUAUGUUUGCUCUUGCUCCUUACGGACAAUAUUGGCGCGACGUGAGAAAGAUGGCCAUUCUUGAGCUUCUGUCGAGCGAUCGGGUGCAAAUGACGAAACAUGUUCCGAACACAGAAGUGGAGUCGCUGAUAAAAGACUUGUACUCGCUGUCUAUAAACAACAGCGUGGCGACCAUCAGCGACAGGUUUGAGCAGAUGAGUUUCAAUAUCAUCCUCACGAAGCUUGUUGGGAAGCGAUUUUCCUCUGCCGAAUACGGCGACAAGAACAGCGAGGGGAGUCGCAUUAGAAGUGGGAUACACCAGGCUUUGUAUCUGAGCGGUACUUUUGUCAUGUCAGACGCCAUUCCUUUUCUUGAAUGGCUGGACUUUCAAGGGCAUGUCGGUUCCAUGAAGAGAGCUGCCAAGGAAAUUGACUCGGUGAUUGAAAUUUGGCUUAAGGAACAUCUUCGCCAGCAAAAAUUAGAGUGUAAAAGUAGAGAAGAAAGGGAUUUCAUGGAUGCGAUGCUAGCAACCCUCGAGGAGGAUGCUGUGAUCUCGGGACAUACACGCGAUAAUAUCGUCAAGGCAACAACAAUGAUUCUCAUCCUAACAGGCGCAGGAAGCACAGCUGUCACUCUAACAUGGAUAGUGUCCUUGCUCUUAAACCACCCAAGCGUGCUAAAGGCUGCCCAAGAAGAGCUAGACAUCCAUGUCGGGAAGGAUAGACGGGUGCAAGAAUCUGAUAUCAAGAACCUGAACUACCUCCGAGCAAUUGUUAAGGAAACUCUCCGCCUCUACCCACCAGGCCCCGUCACAGGAUUGCGCGAGGCCAUGGAAGACUGCGAAAUUGGCGACCGCUUUGUUCCAAAGGGCACUCGUUUGAUCGUCAACAUAUGGAAGCUGCAACGAGACCCGCGCGUGUGGUCAAACCCAACGGAGUUCCAGCCGGAGAGGUUUAUGACAACUCAUUCGGCGAUUGAUAUCAGGGGUCCAGAUUUUGAGUUUAUUCCUUUUAGUUAUGGUAGAAGGUCAUGCCCAGGAGCGUCAUACGGCAUGCAAGUGGUUCACUUGACACUGGCUCGUUUGCUUCAAGGAUUUGAUAUCACAACCAUGGCUGCAGGUAUGAAGGUGGACAUGCGUGAAGGAUUGGGAAUUGCCUUGCCCAAGGCGGAUCCAUUAGAGGUUGUACUCAAGCCUCGCCUUCCUAUGGAUCUCUAUUAAUUGCAUGCUUUCAGGCAGCUACUUCAAGUUAAAUUCAAGGUUAAUUUACUUGUCUUAGGUUAAGUUAAAUAGCCUUAGUCUUUUGGUUUUCAUAGAUAUAAUGUAACCUCCUUAAGGUGAAAACCCUAUCAAUUAAAUAAAGCUCAAAUGGCUACAUAAA